AUGACGUCCGUAAGAAAAAGAAAGAUGAACAGAUCUUCCGUCGGGAAGGCAACGAGAAGAACCAAAGACAAACAGAGAAAAAUUAACAUCCAAUCCAAUCCAAUUAUUGCCGCAAAUUGGGACUAUUCUUUGACAUUGGCACAAAAUUAUAAGAAAUUAGGACUAAGGGCCAAACUACAGGCGCCAGCGGGCGGUAAAGAGGCCGAUCUAACUAAGGUAGUCAAGAAAGUGCCAUUAACAAAGUCUGUGUUGGAUGAAGACGACGACGAAGACGAAGAAGAGAAGAGUGAUGAUGCGGAGGCUAGUGUUGAACUAGAUGAAAACGAGAUUCCAGAAGGUGAGGCAAGGAUACAACGCGAUAAGGAUGGCGAAAUUGUAAGAGUUGUUUAUGGUAAGAAAAAGAGUUUCGAUGUCGAUGAGGAUGUUGCCUCGAUAAGGGCUAAGGGAACCAGUGAGAAAACUGAAGUAGUCAAACAACUAGAAGAAUUUGCAUCUAGACCUGUUAUCAUAAAAGAACGCUGCCAAAGUGAAAGAGAGGAAGAGUGGCUGGGCAGAUUAUACAAGAAACAUGGGGAUGAUUACAAAAAAAUGUUCUUCGAUAAGAAGUUGAAUAUCUACCAACAAUCUGAAGGCGAUCUAAAAAGAAGAAUAUUGAAAUGGAAAAAAAGAAACGGUAACGUGCUGGAGUAA